AUGCGCCCACCACGCUGGUGCAAGCAGGACUCUGGCUGUGCCCACAGAUUGGACACUCUCGGCUGUGUUUCUGUCCUGUGUCUAGCACUGUGGCUGACUCUGGGUGCAUGUCAGCGCUCUGAACCCAGCACCAAAAACCCGAUUGUCAGCACCAACUAUGGAAAGCUGCGUGGACUCAAAAAGGAACUGAAUAAUGAGAUAUUGGGCCCUGUGGAACAGUACCUGGGUGUGCCCUAUGCUUCACCACCCAUCGGGGACCGCCGGUUUCAGCCCCCAGAGGCGCCUGGAUCGUGGCCUGAAGUGCGCAACGCUACUCAGUUCGUACCUGUGUGCCCACAGAACCUCCACGGAGUACUGCCUGAGAUCAUGCUGCCCGUGUGGUUCACUGACAGCCUGGACGUAGCUGCUACUUACAUUCAGAACCAGAGUGAGGACUGCCUCUACCUGAAUGUCUACGUACCCACCGAGGAUGGUCCACUCACAAAAAAACACGAUGAAUCUACAAUGAACCGGCCACGAGAUGAAGAUAUUCGCGACCGCAGGAAGAAACCUGUCAUGCUGUUCAUUCAUGGUGGCUCGUAUAUGGAAGGAACCGGAAAUAUGUUUGACGCAAGUGUGCUGGCAGCUUAUGGCAACGUCAUUGUGGUCACCAUGAACUACAGACUGGGAGUGCUAGGGUUUCUCAGUACUGGAGAUCAGUCUGCUAAAGGGAACUAUGGGCUGCUGGACCAGAUCCAGGCUCUGCGUUGGUUGAAUGAAAAUAUUGGCCAUUUUGGAGGUGAUCCAGAACGCAUCACCAUCUUUGGCUCAGGAGCUGGAGCCACUUGUAUCAACCUGCUAAUCCUCUCCCACCACUCUGAGGGCCUCUUCCAGAGGGCUAUUGCCCAGAGCGGAUCAGCCAUCUCCAGCUGGUCCAUCAACUAUCAGCCUCUGAAGUACACCAAGAUCCUAGCACGUAAGGUUGGCUGCUCAUACAGUGAGACGGCUGAUCUGGUGGACUGCCUGAGGAGAAAAAGCUUCAGGGAGCUAGUGGAUCAGGAUAUACAACCCGCACGCUAUCAUGUUGCCUUUGGCCCUGUGGUGGAUGGAGACGUGGUGCCCGAUGACCCAGAGAUUCUCAUGCAGCAGGGGGAGUUCCUGAAUUAUGACCUCCUGAUUGGCGUGAACCAGGGAGAGGGGCUGAAGUUUGUGGAUGAUGGUGGCUCAGAAAGUGAGGAGGGAAUUUCAGCUGCAGCUUUUGAUUACACUAUCUCCAACUUUGUGGACAACCUCUAUGGAUAUCCUGAAGGUAAAGACAUCUUGAGGGAGACCAUCAAAUUUAUGUACACUGACUGGGCAGAUCGAGAUAAUGGUGAAAUGCGCCGCAAGACCCUGCUAGCUUUGUUCACAGACCACCAGUGGGUGGCUCCUGCUGUGGCUACGGCCAAGCUGCAUGCAGAUUACCAGUCCCCGGUGUAUUUCUACACAUUUUAUCACCACUGCCAGACAGAGACACGGCCUGAGUGGGCAGACGCUGCGCAUGGGGAUGAGAUCCCAUAUGUGUUUGGUGUGCCCAUGAUUGGAGCAACAGACCUGUUCCCCUGCAACUUUUCCAAGAAUGAUGUCAUGCUCAGUGCAGUGGUCAUGACCUACUGGACCAACUUUGCCAAGACUGGGGAUCCUAACCUGCCGGUCCCUCAGGACACCAAAUUCAUCCACACAAAGCCAAACCGCUUUGAGGAGGUGAUCUGGACCAAGUUCAACUCUAAGGACAAGCAGUACCUGCAUAUCGGCCUGAAACCACGUAUUCGUGACAACUACCGUGCCAAUAAAGUGGCCUUCUGGCUGGAGCUGGUGCCUCACCUUCACAACCUGCACGAGGAACUCAUGAGCUCCAGUACCACCCGCCUGCCCCCACGGCCUCCGCACUGGAAGAGCCCUGACCCCCGUGCCACACGCCCACCGUACCCAACCUUCCCUCCAGAUCCAGAUCCAGAGGGCUCAGAGAGACCACGUUUUUCUCCAUUUCCUAGUGAUGCACGUGACUACUCCACUGAGUUGAGUGUCACAGUGGCAGUGGGUGCAUCUUUGCUGUUCCUCAACAUCCUGGCAUUUGCUGCACUCUACUACAAACGAGACCGGCGGCAUGAGACACGGCGUCACCGCCUAUCUCCACAGCGUGGCGUGCCGGCCAACGACCUGGCACACAGCCAAGAGGAGGAGCUCAUGUCUCUGCAGAUGAAGCGCUCUGAGCAGCGUGACGUGGAGCCUCUGCGACCAGCAUGUCCACCAGACUACACUCUGGCACUACGGCGGGCACCAGACGAUGUUCCUCUUAUGACUCCUAACACCAUCACCAUGAUACCUAGCAGCAUCGCAGGCAUGCAGCAGCUCCACGCCUUCAGCGCCUUCCCCUCCACCACUGGCCACAACAACACACUGCCUCACCAACACUCCACCACCCGCGUAUAG